CAUUGCAAAUGGUGUCCUGUUCCUCUACUCUAGGCUCUACUUUCUCGCACAGUCAGCCAUGGCCACCGUCCUAGUUCUCCUGUGUAAAACGUGAAACUUAUCACACUUUUACUAACAAACAUGUGAAGGACAUUGAAUUAGUUUGACCAUUUCUAGCAGUGGCAGUGUUGGAGCAUUCCAUUUCAAAAAAAUGUCUAAACUACUGGACUAUGAGGCUCAGAUGUUCACAGAGUUGCUGGCAGAUGAUGGAUUACUCAUUGCUGGCAGGGGCCUGGGUGUUCAUCGUCUCGUGUCGGCGCUCAUUCAAAUCCACUGUGACCCAGGCAGUCUCUUACUGGUCGUGAACGCGUCCCAGCUGGAAUUGGAUAUACUGCUUGAAGCCGGCAUCCAAUCCGGUACAGCACAUCCGCCACAGGUUAUUUCCAAUCAAACAGGAGCACCAGACAGACAGCAAAAGUACUUAGAAGGCGGCGUGUUCUUUGUGACGUCUCGAAUCCUAGUUGUAGACAUUUUGAAGGACAUAUUGCCCACUGACCUUGUGAAGGGUAUAGCUGUGUGCAAUGCUCAUCGUGUGGAUGAAAUGUCCCUGGAAUCAUUCAUCCUCCGCUUAUACAGGGAACGAAAUAAGACUGGCUUCAUCAAGGCAUUCUCUGAAUACCCGCAUCUCUUCACGUCCGGUUUCUGUCAGGUCGAGAAGGUCAUGCAGAACACCUUUGUCGAGAAGCUGUUCCUGUGGCCCAGGUUCCAUGCGUCCAUCUCGUUGUGUCUGGAAAAGCAUCAGCCAGAAGUGAUUGAGCUGCAUCAGAAGAUGACCGCGCCGAUGGUUCACAUUCAGGCCGCACUCAUAGACUUAUUGCACAACUGCUUGCAGCAGCUCAAGAGGGCAUCUCCGUCGGUUGAUGCAGAUCUCUUCACAGUGGAAUCUGCUCUGGGGCGCAACUUUGACGGCAUUCUUCGCAACCAGCUUGAUCCGAUAUCACACUCACUGACGGCAGUAUCUCGUCGCCUGGUCAAUGACAUCUCAACAUUGCGUCAUCUAAUGAGCUGCUUGACACAGCAUGACAGUGUGACGUUCUAUCAAACCCUAACAACAUUGAGGAACAAUGCAGCAAUGAUGUCACGCGAAACUGGCUGGCUGAUGAUGGACGCUGCUGAUCCGCUCUAUGUUCAUGCCAGGGAUCGUGUCUAUGGUAGGAAAGCUGACGACAAGAAGGAAUCCGGAAAGAGCAAGCCAGCGGACAAGCCCGGUGCAAGUGAAAACGUCACGGCGGCAUCCUCCUUUCAAGACGUCAAUGAACUGCGGCUGGAGGAGAACGCCAAGUGGCACCUGCUGACGGACGUCCUUGCCGAAAUCGACGAGCAGAACGCAUCAGCAGAGAAGGCUGGAAACUGCACUGAGCCAAGUCGCACACUUGUGGUGACGAGUGACACUCGCAGCUGUGCCUUGAUCAAGCAGUACCUAACACAGGGAGGAAGGGAGCUCAUGGAAUCGCUCUUUCGGCGACAUUUUCAGCCGAGGAUUGGGCAAGGAUCCAGCUCUGGGCGCUUUGGCAAGGGAAGAUGGCCAAAGCGGAAAGCGAAGGCACAGACUGGCACGGCAAGCAAGGCGGCAAAGUCAACGUCGUCCACAUCUAGAUCUGUACCGGCCCAGGGUCAGGGCAGGGGCAGAGGUCAGGGCCAGGGUAGCAGUACCCGAGGUCGGGGUGCAGCAUCAGGAGGAGGAAGAGGAGGAGGAGGCACUGCAUCCAGUGGAGCCACUGGCACUACUACAAGUAGCAACAAUACUUCUGCAUCGACAACAUCUGAGAAACCUACCAGUGCUGCUGCUGCUGCUGCUGGUGAUGAGGAAGAGCAGUUUGAUGCGGAGUUUGGUAUUAUCACCGAUCCUCUAGUAGCAGUUUAUCCACUGCGUGGAAACAGUGACUCGCCGUCUGCAAGCCGGGUCAUUGAAGAGCUUGCACCUCGGUUUAUCAUCCUCUUCGACGUGGAGAUGGAGUUUGUGCGACAGAUUGAGGUAUUCAAGGCUAGCAGGCCUGGUAUUCCACUGCGAGUCUACUUUCUCGUCUACCAGUCUUCAAUUGAAGAGCAGAGGUACCUAACAAGCCUUCGGAAAGAGAAGCAUGCCUUUGAGAUGUUGAUUCGUCAGAAGGCUGUGAUGGUAGUGUCUGAAGACCAGUCUGCGCGGGCAGCGGACAGUGCUGCCUUGUCACGCGAUCCAAGGUCGGCCGCUGAAACUGUAGCCAGCACACGGAAAGCGGGCGGUCGCAAGAAGGCGGUCGAGAAGAGAAAGGUUGUGGUGGACAUGCGUGAGUUUCGCAGCAGUCUUCCAUCGCUGAUUCAUCGCCGUGGGAUUGACAUAGAACCAGUGACUCUUGAGGUCGGUGACUAUAUCCUGUCUCCGGACAUGUGUGUGGAGAGGAAGAGUGUCAGUGAUCUCAUUGGUUCUUUAAACUCCGGUCGACUGUUUAACCAGGCGACUGCUAUGACAAGACAUUACCGCAAGCCUCUGCUACUUGUUGAGUUCACAGAGAAGCAGUCAUUUUCUUUACAGGCCAAAGGAACACUGCAAGGCGAGAUCUCGUAUCAAGACCUGACGUCCAAGCUAGCCUUACUGACACUGCACUUUCCCAAGCUGCGUGUCCUGUGGUGCCAGAGUCCGCAUGCAUCAGCAGAACUGUUUGAUGAACUCAAGAGAAACCAGGCCGAGCCUGAUGCCGAGGUAGCUGCCACCGUGGCAAGUGAGAAAGGAGCGGAGGCGCCGGAUGGCUCACAUUACUUCCCCUUGACACAGGACUUUGUGUUGAAGCUACCAGGCAUCAAUGUCACCAAUGUGCACUAUAUUCUGCGGAAUGUGUCCAAUCUCUUCGAGCUAUCCUCCAUGUCCAAAGAAGACUUGUCCAGCGUGCUCCAUCACCCAUCCAAUGCUCAACUGCUGUACGACUUUCUGCACAAUCCACCAGCAGCAGCUGCUGCAGCCAUUGCCUCAGCAACGAAAUCUUAACCCACAACCACAAGUAGGGCUUAGGAUGUUAGAUUGAUUUGUGUAGGCUAGAUAUCCUUGAUCUAUUUUCUACCAGUUUUAAAAUUGAAAUACAUAAUGGUAGUCAUGCAAUUCUUUUUCAGUAUCCUUUACAAAUGAUGAGGGACGCAGCAGGAGACAGAAGGAUCCUCUGCAUUUUUUUAAUUUAAAAAGAAUAGUCGAGCUUCAUUGAACCAUGCUUCAUCGCUGAUUUUGCCACGCUUUUGCUGUAGUACUAAAACAAACCCGUUGUACACAGAUAGGCUCCCACAGUAUAUCAAGACAAAAUUUCAACAACAAUUCCGAUGCUGCCAUAGCUACCCAUAACUCUCAUGAAAUGCUUGUUUCAACCUUGUGUGGUUUCGCAGUGUUUUGGUUACAAAUCCACACAAUCACUGGCGCG